AUGGUAAUUGAGACCGUUGAGAUACCUACCAUGGGGAUUGAGGUAGUGGAAGUCAAACCGGGAGCCCCAGGGUGGGCGUUGGAUAUUAUCAAAUACAUAGAUGCCAACGAGGUACACGAUGAUACGUGGGAAGCCAGGAAGAUCAAGAACACAGCAGCGCGUUACACUAUAGUCAAAGGCAUCCUGUAUCGAAUGCGAUACUCCACACCACUCUUGAGGUGCAUCCCAUUCAAAGAAGCCCAAUUCGUGCUAGCAGGAGUGCAUGAGAGAAUAUGUGGUGACCACUUAGGAGGGCAGGUGCUAGAAAACAAAGUGAUGAGAGCAGGGAAUUGCUUGCAGCGCGCCCUUGAGGAUUCUAAGGAGUACGUGCGGAAGUACAAGAAAUGCCAAAAGUACUCCAGAAUGUCUCAUCACCUACCAAAUGAACUGACAUCGAUCACAUUGCCAUAG